AGGAAAAACUUGAAACAUCUUCGUUUCAUUCAGUAUUUCCUGUAAUAAUCCCUCCAAAGGUUCUGCACCACUCUAUCCUCUACCAGCAUCAUGGCUGCACAGGAAACAUUGGAUGCUGUCAAUCCCAAUCCAGAAAGAGUCGUCGCAUCUAAAAAAGUAUGGACGACUCUGAUCACAAAUACGAAAUAUCUUUCUGGGCUUCUUGCCCUGGAUUUUUCGUUGAAGAAACAUAAGUCGGCCUACCCUCUCGUUGCUCUGUACACAGAUGAGUUCCCAGAAGAGGGUCAUCGAGCCCUGGACGUCCGAGGAAUUCCAAAGAAGCAUGUCACGUAUCUACUGCCGUCGGCCACAAAAAGUUAUGACAACGAUCCACGUUUUUACGACUGCUGGAGUAAGCUCACGCCGUUCUCGUUGGUGGAGUAUGAGCGUAUCGUGCAACUCGACAGCGAUAUGCUCAUCCUCCGCAAUAUGGAUGAAUUGAUGGAGCUGGAGCUUGACCCUCCGAGCGCAAAGGGGACUGGAAACCGAGUAUUUGCAGCAGCACAUGCAUGUGUUUGCAAUCCUCUCAAAAAGCCACACUACCCAAAGGACUGGAUACCAGAGAAUUGCGCCUAUACCGCCCAGCAUGGGACGCCGGAGAAGGCGCAGGUCGAAGGAACAUCGUCCUUAGGUGGUUUAGGCAUGCCCAACGGAGGGCUUCAAGUCGUGAAUCCCUCGGGUGAUAUCUAUCAACUUAUCCUCGAUCAAUUGACAAAGGACUCUGCUACAGCAAGCUACGAAUUUGCUGAUCAGUCGCUCCUAGGAGAUGUGUUUCACGGCCGAUGGGUGUCACUACCGUACAUCUACAAUGCUCUUCGCCCAACUCGCAAAGCGCACGUCCAUGGUGCAAUUUGGCGAGAUGAAAGCGUGAAAAACUUGCAUUACCUCCUCACUCCCAAGCCUUGGGAUGAGAAGCCAGGAGAGGAAACGGAUGAAACGAACGAGUGGUGGUGGGCCGUCAAUUCGGAGCGUCUGAGGAUCGAGAAGGAUGCAGGGAUCGAUGAUGGCUUUUGAGGCUGUUAUCUCAAACAUUGUGAGAGAGCGAGGCGUUGGUGGUGGUGGUGG